AUGAGCGACCGCAAUGAGGGCGCAGACGUGCUGUCGUUCGGCUACUUCCAGGGCUACUCCAACAUCAAGAGAAGCGUGCGCCAUAGCGCUAGCGCCCUCCUCGCGACGAAGGGGCGGGAGAGGCUGCUGCGUCGUAUCCGUGGCGACCUCACGCCCGAGCAGCCUGAGGAGUCUAAGCCGUUUGCGCGAGAGCGCAGGCAGCUGGACAUCGCUAUCGAGAAGGAUGAGGUGGCAUACCGGAUGGAGCAGGUCGUAUCACUCAAUAUACGACAUAUGGAUAGUGUUGAGCGCACAUUCGAGAACGUCAUUCGCCCUAUCUUCCAACUCAUGCGCUUCUUCCUCACAGAGCAUGAGUCGUAUGUCCAUAUCUUUCGGUCUAUACCAGUGGAAAUCUUCCCGCGUAUCAUGUCAGCCUACUGCCGCCUGUUUGAGCUUGCUAUCAGUGAGAUGGACCGGCGUUACGUUAUUGGCGGCGAGCGCGGCCUAGACCUCGCACACUCCGAGGCCGUCGCAGUACUUGACCGGCUUGGUGGGUAUAUCUUCACUGGGCAUGAGCGCCACCUGCCGAAGACAGUGCUCCGGCCGCUAGGCACCAUCGACAGCCUUCUAGCUGGGGCGUGGCCCUACAUCGACCCAGCCGUACUAGACCUCGGUCCAGCCGGGGUAGCAACUUGCUUCAUGGACACUAGCCGGUGGCCCCGCUCUACGAAGACGGGAAGGCUUAUACUGCUCCAUAUUAGCGAGCUACAGCACCACUACGGCGACCGCAUUGCCUCCCACCGGGAGACUGAGAUCUGGUUCAGCCAGCUAGGCCAAGACGCAUUCAAGAGCCAUGCAGCCGUGACGGAAUAUGCGACGGAACUCCUGCGGGAGAUGUGGAUCCCACAGACGAAACUCUUCAUAGCCAACCAACUACGGCGCAGGCUGCAACAAGGUAGUAGCGACACUAGCAGCAUACCUAUCACCUUGGAGCAGAAAGAGGCGUGUAAGUCUGCUGUCGAGGCGUGGGAAGCAGCGCCAGACGCCUUUACCCACGUGGCGCUGCAGCGGCUAACUAACGGGCUCACCUCGGGCGGCUCGCGCAUAACAAUAACCUUGUCGAGGACGCGCACCAGGCAUGACUUUGCAACUGAGCUUCUCCGCGUUGUCUCUACCGAGAAAGGGCGGGCGGCGUCCGCGCCAGUUAACGCGACAUGGCCGGAUCAUCUACAGGCGGCCAUGACUAGCAGCAACCAGGCUAGCAACGGGCUCAAGCCGGACGAGUGGGUCUCUGUGCUGGCUGGCCGACUCCUUGCGGCCGGUGUUGAGUGGGUGCCUGACGCCGUUAGGGGCCGCUUAACGUCAACAACCGUCGUCAGCCUGCGCGGCCGAGAGGUCGCGCACGCAGUAGUAACCGGCCCGCCUGGCUCCCUGAGGCGCGCGGCGCAGGAAGCUCAAAUCAAGCACGAGAAAGCUGCGCAUGACAGGGCGCUGCGGCAGACGCGCAGAACCAUCAGCUUCGGCUGCGGCUUCCCCUUCACCGACGUCCCCAGCCUCAUCACGGACGGUUUUCUCAAGGCUAAGGCGAUCUUCUCUAACAAGGGCGACCUACGGGUUCUAGACCACUAUCAGCUGGCGAUAAACUGCCUCUCUAACAACAUCGACGACCCCCUCUGUUGCCUGAUGCUGAUGAUCACAUUGACCGUUUGCUCCUCAUCGGAAACGCCAGAGGUUGCGCCUGGGUCGCGCGAAUUCGGGACCGCAGCCAAGAGGAAGGACCCGGCCCAGCUGGCCCUCGUCAUGGUCACGAGGAUGAUGUGGUUCCUCUACCCCGCCUCUUUCCCCUGGAAGAAGGGUUCAAGUGGGACGGCCUAUGAUGUAGCCGAGAUGACGAAGAAGAUUGGUACAGUAUAA